AUGCAUUUUAUUUGCAUAGAGCAAGAAACCAUAGGUGUAGCCGAUGGUGUUGGUGGCUGGGCAAAAAAUGGUAUCAAUUCUGGAGAAUAUUCGAGACAGUUGGUUAAAAACGCUGAAUUAUCGAUUCAUAAGCAGAAACAGCAAGGGAAUAAAAUUCACCCGAUGAAAGUUCUCAAUGAAGCCUUAUUUAAAUACGAAAUCUCAAGGUUCAUCACUGACAGCAUGUAUUUUGACUUUAACUUAGGGAAUGGUUAUACAUGUGAUGAUCCAAGUGUGGCACAAGAAAUUAAGGUUCCAGUAAAAACAUGGGAUGUGAUAGUGGUGGGAUCAGAUGGAUUGUUCGAUAACGUUCAUGACUUUGAGUUGGAGAAAUUAGUACGCAAGGGGCUAGUGGAUUUGCGCGAACUGGGAACAUUUUCGAAGAUGUUAGCACAGAAGAUUGCAGAAUAUGCACUGCGGAGUUCACAAAGUAAGAAGAAUUAUACACCUUUUGCUAGAGAGUGUUCCAAAGUUGGAAAACAUCAUGUUGGUGGCAAGCCUGAUGACAUCACAGUGAUAGUUGCCCAUAUUUUGCCUCUAUAG